AUGCGGUCAUCCAUCACAGGAGCAGAGAUGACAAAGAACUCCUCUCCUUACUGGAGAACAAAGUCAAAACGCCAGUCCAGGAAUUCUCAAGCCCGAAAACCAGAUGAACAUGGACUUAUGACCACGAAGUCACCAGAACAGCUUCAGAAAAAUCCAGCAUCGCUAGCUCAGCAAGCAAUUCGCUUCGUUGCUCGACAUUCUUGGGCACCAGCGCUCGCCCUGAUCUCCGCCGUACUUCUCACCUGGAAUCUCGAUCCGACGGAAAGCAAUCCUGUUCAUCGAUUUAUAUUCCUGUCUUACCGAAUAGAACCCACUAUUGCAGAAGAGAGAGUGAAGUACGGCAAAGGCAGCAGGGAUUUCGCAUUCGUCUCUUUCUAUGUCGUCGUCCUCUCUCUAACCAGGUCGUUUUUUAUGCAGGAGGUUCUCCGGCCACUUGCAAGACAUGCUGGCAUCCUUAAAUCUGGAAAGCAAACGCGCUUUAUGGAACAGGCCUACUCAGUCAUCUAUCUCACUUUCGCUAUCCCCUUUGGACUUUAUGCCAUCAGCGAAACGCCAGUGUGGCCUUUUAAUACGAGACGCAUGUAUGAGGGUUAUCCGCAUAUGACACUCAACGGCAGUUUUAAGUUCUAUUACCUUUUUCAAGCUGCAUUCUGGGCUCAACAAGCGCUUGUUCUUAUUUUUGGACUGGAGAAACCUAGAAAUGACUUUAAGGAGUUCGCUUUCAUCAUGUCGUUGCUAUAG